CUACUCAUGUUCAUCCCGGACACACUGAGGAGCUGCAUGGUGGAACCGGAUGUCUCGACUUACCUGCAGGCCCCUUCCGUAGGACAGGAUGAGUUCCAUCCAUUCAUUGAGGCCCUCCUACCGUUCGUGAAGUCUUUCUCGUACACGUGGUUCAACCUACAAGCCGCCAAGAGGCGUUAUUACAAGAAGCACGAGAAGCGGAUGAGUCUCGAAGAGGAACGCCAGUGCAAGGAGGAGCUCCAGAACGAGAAGCUGGAGGUAAAACAGAAAUGGGCCUCGCCUUUAGGAAAAUUACGAAAAGAUAUCACGCAAGAGUACCGAGAGGACUUCGUGUUAAGUAUCACGGGGAAGAGGCCAGCCAUGUGUGUCCUAAGUAAUCCUGAUCAGAAGGGUAAAAUGCGUCGCAUCGAUUGCCUGCGUCAAGCCGAUAAGGUAUGGAGGUUGGAUCUGGUAAUGGUGAUCCUGUUCAAGGCAAUUCCGUUGGAGUCGACGGACGGGGAACGGCUGGAAAAGACUGCGGAAUGUGCUCAGCCGGGUCUCUGCGUCAACCCCUAUCACAUCAACGUCUCCGUCCGGGAACUCGAUCUCUACCUCGCCAAUUUUAUCACCAGCCAUGAGGUCCUAAAUGGCAUCUGUAACGCGAGCAAAGAAGAAGAGAGGCGGCGAAAAGGUACAGGCUACCACGAACUAUAUAACGGUGUUGUCUGCAAUGACACGAUCCUAGCGACAGGUGUCUUCAGCUCCAAGGAGCUCUGGAUGCUUUCAAAAGCGUCCAUACUGCAUGACCUCAGCGACAUGCAGCCUCAAAUAAACGCGAUCAAAAUAGAGCACCCGCCGUACUACUGCAGCAGCUACACCCCUCCGUCCGCAGCCACGGCCGCGGAUCAUGCUCAGCCAGCGGCUAGCUUCAGCCCACCACCGGUGCACCAGCUCAUACGGAACGACAAGACUGAAAAAGCCCCGACGGUUUCCGUUUCGAGUGCGCCGACCUUCUCGCCGGUCCUCAGGCCCGAGGAUGGUCAUCGUGGAAUGGACUCUCCGCACUCGCAGACGGGAUUGCACUCUCCUCACGAAGGACUGGCCGGUGGUUCCGGUCAGAGCAUGUCCGGGCUAGCCUACUACCAGCCAGAGCAUCCUGCCUCCAGCGGGGUGGUCAAGUACCCCGAGAACGGUCACGACACCCUCUCCGAUUUCGUGACGUUCGUUUGUCAGGAGGCGGAGAAUACUCAGCAGUUGCCCCAGGCGCAGCUAGCCGGACCCCGCACUGGUAUACAAAAGUUCUCACAGUAUUAUCCGAGCUCGAUGCUGCCACCGCCCCCGCCAGCCCCGAUGGCGAGGCCGGUCGCCAUCAUAAGGUCGACCGGCGAGUUAACAGUCGCCAGCUCGAACUCACCCCCAACCUCGUCAACCUCGCCAACCGACCCCUCCGAACUGGCCUCCAGUCAAGAGCAGAUGGCCGCAGCGGCCGCUGUCGGCCUGGUCAGUUCCGGUUGCCAGAGUUCCGUCGAUCCUGCCGGAAGGAAGAGCCCAGCCAGGAUCCUGGUAACGGCACCCCACACCAGCAGGGAAUACACCUUUGCUCACUUUCACUCCCAACCCGGGCAACAAAUAUUCACGUAUCCUACCAUCAGCUCCAUGUCGGGGGUGAUCUCCCCGACGAACCUCUCCCUUUUCUCGUCGCCGGUGUCGGUGACGAGGCCAGUCGCUACCCAGAGAUCGGUGUCCAACGUGCCACCUCGCUGGAACACUGCGCCGUUCAUCAACCUCGAGGAUGACUACAACAUGAUCGCCCCGAUCAUCACAGGAACCGCCAGCGAGCCGCCAUCCACCAUGGACGAAGAACGAUACUUCCAUCCAGUGCACACGAGCAGCGUGGUGGACAAGAGCGGUGCUGGUAACAUGAUGAGCACAGACCUAGGGGACCCCACGUCGCAUCACCAUCAGCAACAGCAGCAAUCGCAGCAGCAACAACAACAGCAAUCGCAGCAGCAACAACAAACGCAGCAACAACAGCAGCAGCAGCAGCAACAAGUGAUGCAGGACAAGAGCGGCAGACCGAAGUCUCCCCCGUGACACUGGAGGCUUAGAGCGGAAAGUCUCGAGAAGCUCGCAUGUUCCACGGGGUCGUUACUCACCACCGCGUACGAUAAUAACCCUGAGCCGGAGGGGAAUCGCCAGGAUUCCUCGUGUCGUGUUCAGCUUCGCGACCUAAGCCUGCGGAGAAUCGAGUGCCUGAGAGUCUGAUCGUAGUUUAAGCGGACACAGUCGAGGGAUCGAGGCGCUUCCGGCAUAGCGGCCCACCCGCCACUCUCGAGACUAAACUGAGACCAGGGUCGAUCGAUCGUUGGUCGAGCCUUGCCACCCGCCAGGCUAACUCUUUAACCCUCUGAGGGACACCGCUUCGAAAAGUUCCUACCUUUCGUGCUUCUAUUCCGUAUAGAUUUUUCCUUUCGUUAGAAAACCUACCUACGUUCUGUGUGUUUCAAAUGGUACGACUUAGCUAACUGUUACUCUAACUUGGGAUCAAAGGACUUAGCUUUUAGAUUUAUCAAAAUUUAUUAACAAUAGUGUCAAUAUUGUUUCUGACAGAGAAUUUGUCUUAAGAAUGAAGGACGCACUUUGACCUCAGGGGGUUAACGUAUUCGGUCAAUUAUUACUUCCGCUCGUCGGUGCGACGGUCUCCGCGCCACCGGAAGCGUCGUUUUCCUCUCUCGAAACACUGUUAAUUUGUAACUUUCUCUCCCUCUCUCUCUCUCUCUCUCUCUCUCUCUCUUGAAUGUCCUCGAAGGACGUGAGUAAGGACCCCCAUUUCGCCACCUAAUCGAAAGCGUCUCCGAUCGGUCGCCGAUCGGUCCCGUCGACUACGCCGCAGACGAUUCAAACACCAAACACAAACAAGAUGAAAGAGAGAACUAAGUAGAGUAAUCGUUUCUCGCGCGUUUUUAUAAACGAAUCUAUUUCUAUUCUUCCUGCUUCGAGGCCCUUCCGAAAGCGUUUUUGUACAUACACGCGAGACUCUUCGACGGCUAAGCUCAGCCUCGCCGUCGCGGUAUUUUGUAACAUUUUAGAGGAUUCUAGAGUGUAGUAGUGUCGAAAGGGAACCAAGGAACUUCCGGUUCCCUGUGAAAUUCUCUUCCAGGUGAAGGUUCAGAGCAGGCCUGCAAAGCAAGAACUUUAGUGUGCUUUACCUCGUACGAUACCAAUGUAAACUUAAUCUACCCUUAAUCACUAUUCUCUAGUGGCUAUAAUUUGGUAGCUUCCCGUCACUAUAGUUUACUAACGUUACUCUAUAUUUUAUAACUUAGCGUUCCAAUGUAAACUAAGCUUUGAAGCCAAAUCUCCAUGAAAAAGCUACUAUGAUAUUGAUUCAGACAACUUGUGCAGCAGGCCUGGUUUAGAAUAAACCAUCGAGGAGAAAAAUGAAUGAUAAAAGAAAAAAUGAAAAAAGAUUUUCUAGUGCCAAUUUUUCGAGUAGCUUAUAAAUAUUAUAACGAAAUUAUAAUUUUCUAUUAUAUUUUUUUAUAAUAUUUAUGAAGGAACACACACGCUUGUUUAGACGCGUCCGCGGAAGUGGUUUUUUUGUAGUCGAGGCAGAGGCUUCUUCUUCUUGGAGCGUUUUUAAGAAAACCCAGAGAAAGAGAACAAGAAGAGAAUAAAAAAAUGAAAUGAAUAUAAUGAUAAUAAUUAUUGUUAUUAUAGAAGAAGGUCGAGGGGAUCCGAUCGACGAGUCCGGUGGAACGGAUGGUAAAACCGGUCCACGAACCACGGAUAAUAAAUAUUAAUUAUUGAAUAACUUUCUAAUUGUAUUGUUAAAUUAAAUAAUAAUCGCCUAAAUGCUCAGGCUAGUGCUAACACUAGUGAACACAACGAGGAGAAAUGAAAACAGAGAGGAAGACUAGCUGCGGACUAGUCACCAGAGGCUGCUAGUUAGAAACAAAGUGAAUAUUUAAUAUUGAAUUUAUUAUCGAGAAUAGAGUACAGAAAAAAUGAGAAAGAUACACGUUCAACUGCUGCGAGUACGACGAAGACGAUAGAGGAGGAAGAGGAAGAGCGAAGAUGGAAGGCGAAGAAUGCAAAUGGAAGUAGACGAAUGGGAAAACGAAGAAGAUGGACGAUAUUCGAGAUAGUGAGAGAUCUAUAGUUAUUAACUAUUUAGAAAUUUAGUGGUUAACGUCGCGUGACGAGAUAUAUUAUUAAUUGUAACAUCGAACUCGACAACAACGAAGGUCCUAGCCUACAGGGUGCUUCAUAAUAUGUGCGACUCGCUUUAAUCUCAAAGAGAUGAUAUAAAACGUGUAACGAAAGUUCUUUUAUUUUACUAUGCGAUAGAGUUUAACUCGUUUAUUUAAUAAAACGUUAGUUCGUCAUCGGUUAAAGGUGUAAAACGUAAGGUUGGUCACAUACGCGAUGAAACACCCUGUACAUAUUAUUAUUAUUGUCCAAAGUGCUUUCCGUCGACUGUACGUUAAAGAGACUUUCAUUUUUCUUUUCUCUUGGAAUUGACCCCUUUCCCUGCUAGCGGAGGAGGAUGGAAACAAAGGGUCUGUAAAUUAUACGUUAUUGUUAAUGAAAAUAACGAUUCGAAUGUUUCGUUUGAACGGUGGUUAACGUUGGAAUUAGUAGUAGUUUGAAUAAUCGUGAUCCUGGCAGCGUGAGGUACACGAACCUCGAGGAACGACACGGUUCUUCGUUGGAGUUUUGUAAAGUGACAUUUAAGUACUUAUUUCUCUGUUCGAGUGAUGGUUGAAAGGGUGCGCUGCGUCUUGCCCAUUAGCGACUACUUCGAUCCCAAUGUGCAAAUUCAUCGAUACAAAGAGAUUGGCUAAUUCUAAGUUGACGCGAUGAUUAAUUCAAGAAAAUAAGAUGACUAUCGUUCAACAGCCA